UUAUGUUCCAGUGUUUUCAAACCUCAGUUCUCUGUUUCAAACUGCUUCAGCUAUUCAACAUUCUAAGUUAAAUAAUUUUUGAAAAUUCAGGCAUUUAACAAGCCGGCGAUUAGUGCAGUUAGAUGUUCAAUAAUAUUCGGUUUCUCUAACAAAGUCAGUAUCGGUAAAGUCUCCUUUAGUCGUCUAAAUAUCAGAGUGUACAAUGAUUAGCGAUAGCGAUAUGGAGAUCUUAAGACCAAAAAUUAUCAACAUCGCUGGCCGGUGUUAUCGAGUCCAUAACUUUGUGGAAAAUACCUCUAACCUACCGGAUACCUCUGCUCCUGGCCCGUAUCAUGAAUUAGAUGAAAACUAUGAUGAUGACUUAGUGUAUGAAGACAAAGAUGAAAAAGAUAAUUUAAAAAUUGAAUCAACCCCUGAAGGAUACAAGGCUGAAUUUCAUGUGGCCAGGAACUAUUAUCCUGCAAUUAUUGGUUCCAAGGGUGCUGUUCGUAAAAGACUGGAAACUGAGACAAAGACGCACAUAAAAAUUCCUCGUCUUGGUAUUACAACUGGUGACAUAGUUAUCACAGGUUCUGAUGCCAAUGGUGUGCGAAGGGCUUAUCGCAGGGUGAAACAAAUUGUAGAAAAAGUGCGAAAGACUCAGCCUGCUACCCACUUCAUCUCCAUUCGAUGCACUAGUGAGGCCAUUAAGUCUAAUUUUUUAACUUUCAAGAAACUUGUCCUAGAGGAGUACAAAUCUAUUGAUAUUACUGAAUCGAUUUUCCAAGUCCCUGAAAAACUUCACUUGACAAUCGCAGUACUGGUAUUAUCCGAUACUAUUGAACGGACUAAAGCUUGCCAAGUCUUUGAAGAGUGUAGAGACAUUUUUCUGUU